AUGAAUGGGAGUUUGUACGGAGUCUACCAGCGCGGAGUGACACGCACCCACCCAGCUGACACCGACACCGACACCGGGAAGGAGACACGGAGCUUGGAGAGGACGCGUCCUGACCCACAACACGCUUUUGGGUUGUUUGUUCCUUUUCGGAUCUUUGUGAGAAUUUACACGCUCGGAUCCGCUGAAGCCCGGGAGAAGGCGUGUGCGGGUGCGCAGACGGGCACUGUGACACAUAUGGCGCUCUUUGUCCAAACAGCGCAAUAG